AUGGACUACCGCCGCCCUCUUAACGAGUCGGCUGACAACCCGAAAGUGCAUAUUGCGUUGGUGAUGAAGCCGGGCGCAAACCGUACGGCUGACGACCCGUCCUCUUAUGCCGAGUCGCCUCUCCUCAUCAACCCGGGCGGUCCCGGCGGCAGCGGAGCACUGUUCACGGCAGGUGGUGGUCGGAUGCUGCAAGAGAUUGUGGGCAGCCAGCACGACAUCCUCGGUUUCGACCCACGAGGUGUAGGGGCAACUACGCCCAAAGCCGAUUGCUUUAGUUCACCCGAUGAUUCGUACGGUCUUGAUGGACGCAAUAUCGCGUAUAUGAACCGGCUCAAUUGGCUCGCGACUGGUCAUGACGUCGGCGUUGUCAAUUCCAGUAACGUCGCAUUCAGCAAGAUUGACGCACGAUCGAAGGCAGUAGCAAAGCUGUGUAAGCGGUUGGACGACCAUGAAGGCGACAACAGCGUAUUCCGCUAUUCCAAUACUCCGAACGUUGCACGCGACAUGCUUUCUAUCAUCCAAGCCUGGGACGAAUGGAGAAUGUCCUCGGUAACCCACACAGCUAAUGCAAAGCAACAACCGAAAGGCCCAGGCCCCUCAAAACCCCAAACGAGCCCCGAACUAAAGGCCAAGGAGAGCUCCCGAGGGAAACUUGUUUACUGGGGUUUCUCCUAA